GUCAGAGAGCGGCUCACGGCCGUGCCGGCAGCGCGGGGCCCUCACGUUUCUCCAUAGGGAACGCGCACGGCGGACGGUCCCUUCCCCGAGAGGUGGUGACGCGGCGCUGCCGGAGGACUCCACAUCCCAUCGUGCACCGCGGCAGGGCCUGAGGGGAAGGCUCGGUUCUGGGCGGAAACCGGAACCGGAAGCUGGCCGUCGUGUCCAAUGGGAGGGCCCGAGCGGAAACAGGAAGCGGGAGGGGGGCGGGGUCGGAGGGGGCUGCGCCUGGGGCGGGGGCGGAACCGGAAGUGAGUCACGGGGUCAGAGGUGAAGGGUCAAGAGUCGAGCAGUUUAGGCGGGAGAUUCAGCCCCACACACCGACCCUGCAGGACGGGCUCAGAUGGCUCCGGUGAAGAUCAGCCACGUCGUGUCCUUCUCCUCCCAGGACCCCCGGUACCCGGUGGAGAACCUCCUGUGCCCCGAUGGCCGCCGGCCCUGGCUCAGCUGCCCCCAGGAGCGCAGCCGGCAGCUGAAGGUGGAGCUGCAGCUGGAGAGAGCCGUCCCCAUCGGCUACAUCGACGUCGGGAACUGGGGCUGUGCCUUCCUGCAGAUCGAGGUGGGUCGCUCCUCGUGGCCGCUCGAUCGCCCCUACCUCACCCUGGUGCCCAGCGUCGCGCUGAUGACGCCGGCCGACUCCAAGCUGGACCGCAACCGCUGCGGCGUCCGCAUGUUUAAAGAAGCAGACUUCCUGGUGCUGGCAGCGGGACAGAAGUGGGACCGCCUGCGGCUCACCUGCAGCCAACCCUUCCGUCACCGCGGGCAGUUCGGGCUCUGCUUCAUCCGCGUGAGAACACCACUGGACCCCGAGCUGUGCCUCCCUGCAGUGGAGAAUGCUGAGCUCAAAGGCAGCCCCCAGCUCUCCGGCCCUGCCUCCUCGUGCCAGAUUCCCUCUGCAGAAGCACGCCUGAGCUCGCGGGAGGAGGAGCAGCUGAAGAGCAGCCUGCAGCAGCUGGAGCCCAGCGCUGCGUGCCGUGCCUGGAGCCCGGCACACCUCAGCCGCCCGGCACGCAUGGUGCUGUCGGCAGCUCAGAGCCGUGCCGUGAGACCCCCACCACGAGGCAGUGGCGGUGCCCCGCGGAGCAGCACGGAGCAGGGACAGCCUGCAGCACGGGGGGCAGCACUGGAAGUCCCAGCAGCCCCCAAACGCGCCCGCAGGCAGCCAGGCAGCAGGCAGAGAGCUCGCAGAGCUGUGGGCAGCUCCCUGCAGCCUCUCUCCAUGAAUCCUGGGCCAGGAGGGAGUGCCACAACGCACGGCCACAACGCGAGCGGAGGGGAGAGCAGCGGUGGGGAGAUGGCUCUGUGCCCUAUUUGCUCAGGUUCCUUCAGCACAGCGCUGCUCCCUGCUCACGCCUCCCGUUGCGGCGAGGAAGACUCCGACCCCGAGGUGGAGCUGCUUUCCUCUGCUAGCAGCCCGGUGCCGUGCCCCAUCUGCGGGCUCUGCUUCACUGCAGCAGAGGUGGAGAGGCACUGCAGCACCUGUGGGGAGUGAGGGACCCCCCCCCUUCCUCCCCCUCAGCAAUGAUCUGCAGAGAGAGACUCAGCCCCACCGCGCUAUGGGGCAGGGACCGGGCAUUCUCCGGUUUGUGGUGCUCAUCCCAUCAGCCCCACGUGGCGUGAGCCCACCGCAGGCACAGGAGAGGACUGAAGGAAGAAGCCACGUCGCUGCUGGUCCCGUGUGCACCACUGAGCAGAGUGAACUGGACCAGUAAGUGUGAGCAUCCCGACUUACAGGUGGAGGGGUCACCUCCCCUCCCAGUGACACAGCGUGGGGUGUGGGGGACGUGGGGCUGACGGUGGCCCCCGUGUGUGAAGUUUUAGGGUUGGCAGCAGCUCCUGGAGGUGGGAGGUGCUGGGGGGUGAGGAAUAAAACGAAGGAGAGACAAAGAGAA